AUGCCUCUCAAAUCACCUCGUCCAGACGUUCAUAUCCCUGACCAGGAUAUCAUCUCAUUCCUCUUCGACAGGAAACCCGCCUGUGAUCCAAAUGCGCCGCUUUUCGUAAAUGGCAUGACCGGAGUCGGAUGCUCCUGGAACCAACUCAAGGACCUCUCGCGUCGAUUCGGUGCUGGUCUCGUCGAGAAGUUACAGUGGAAGAAAGGCGAUGUCUUGGCUAUCAUGACCCAAAACGCUGUCGAAUACCCCAUCGUCGCAUUCGGAACGCAUAUCGCUUCUGGUAUCGUGACGCCCGUUAAUCCAUCCUACACCGCCCCCGAACUCACCCAUCAACUCCGUAACUCCGGUGCCCGGAUCCUCGUGAUCCAACCUUCUCUCCUCCCCAUCGGUAUCGAAGCGUGCAAGACGCUCAAUAUCCCGCGUGAGAGGAUUUACGUGAUUGCGGAGGAGAGCGUACAGGGAUUCCAGCCGUGGUCGAGUAUUAUGUCGAAGAACCAGUUGACGAAGGCUGAGCAUAUCAAGAAUCCGAGUAAGGACUUGGCGUACCUCGUCUACUCUAGUGGAACGACUGGGUUGGCGAAGGGCGUUAUGCUCAGUCAUACUAACUUGAUUGCGAAUAUGUGUCAGUUGUAUGGGGCUGAGGGAAAGUACUUUACCGUGGGAAAGAGCAAGUACAUCGGAGUGCUGCCAUUCUACCAUAUCUACGGGUUGACGUGUCUCGUCCACCUUCCCGUUCUCCAGGGUAUCCCAGUGAUCAUCCUUCCUCAAUUCACGCUCAAGGACUUUUGCAACAUCGUCCAGAAAUACAAAAUCACAUACGUCUACGCCGUGCCCCCCAUCAUCCUCCAACUCGCUAAAGACCCCAUCGUCGACAAUUACGACCUCACAAGCCUCGAAAUGUUCAACUGCGGCGCCGCCCCCCUAACGAAAGAACUCACCAUCGAAGCCACCGAACGCCUUCGAGUCCCUAUCAAACAAGGCUACGGCAUGACCGAAUCCUCUCCCGUCUCUAUCGUCCAAGAUUGGAAUAAGUGGCGCGUGUAUGGUUCGACUGGCCACCUCCUCCCCAAUAUGUCCCUCAAAUUCGUAUCACCUGGGCCUGAGCACGACGAACUCCCGGUGAAUACGGAGGGAGAGCUUUGGGUUCGGGGCCCAAAUGUUAUGCAGGGGUAUCAUGGGAAUGAGGAGGCGACGCGGGAGACGAUUACGGAGGAUGGGUGGUUGAGGACGGGGGAUGUUGGGUAUGUAGAUGAGGAGGGGAACGUGUUCAUCACGGACCGCGUGAAGGAGUUGAUCAAGUACAAGGGAUUCCAAGUCCCCCCGGCCGAACUCGAAGGCGUCAUCAUCUCUCAUCCUGCGGUCAAGGACGUCGCUGUCAUCGGUGUCUAUGACGCGACGCAGGCGACUGAGCUCCCCCGCGCGUAUGUCGUUCUCAAAGAUAGUGUCAAGGGAAGGGAGAUGGAGAUGGAGAAAGAUAUUGUUGCCUUUGUGAAGGGGAGAGUUGCGAGGCAUAAGAGGUUGAGAGGGGGGGUUAGGUUUGUGGAGGAGGUGCCGAAGAGUCCUUCGGGGAAGAUUUUGAGGAGGAAGUUGAGGGAUGAGGUUAAGGCGCAGGGAGAGACUGCCGGGGCGUUUCAGGCUGUUGCGAAGCUCUAG